AUAUAAAUAACAGAUUUUUUCUAAUUGCAUAGAAAUAAGAAGUAUUCUUUUAAUUAAAGUGAUUUAUUGAGAAACUGAACUUUUCAACUUAGCUAAGAAAGGAAUACUGAACUCCUGAACUUAACUCAGAGACAAAAAAAAAAAUUGACUUAGGUAGUUAUGUAAAAUUCAGCAGUGAAAUAGAAUGGAAUCAAUUGCCAACAGAAUCCAUCUGAUAGUCUUACUUUGAAAGCAUCUGGUAUAUAUCUUGCACUCAUGUACAUUCACUGUUACUACAUUGGAGGUAGCAGAAUCUCUCCAUAUCAUAUUAUCUGUUUUUUCUUGAUCUAGUUGUCUAGAAUCAUCUUAGGCAGCUUUCAUAACCUUGCAUAGCAUUGCUUAGUUUUUAAUAAAAUAACCCAUUAAUAAUUUCCAUCUUUUGCUAGAUAAAAUAUAAAUACUUACUACCUGUGAGACCUUGGGCAAGUGACUUUACAUCUCUGGACCUCUGUUUCUUUUAUUUAAAAAAAAAAAAAAGGUUUGAACUGCAUGACUUCUGAGGUUCCUUCAAAUCCUAGAUCAUGAUUCUAUAAUCCCUACCCUUAUGGAGCUUUUUGUCUCUUAGGAGAAUACUACAAUUCCACUUAAAAUGGCAAGUUUCAUGACUUCUGGAGUAUGUUUGCUUGAUCUACAAUGUUCAGGGGUUGGAUUAGAUACUUUCUUAGGACCUUUCUGGUUCUUAACAUUCUUUGUGUGACUCUGAUUUGAAGUUAUAUAGAUGAGUAGAAUGUAGAUUAGAUUUUUUUGACCUAUAGUCUGUGUACUUUUUACUUUUGGGGGUUAAUUUCAUAAACAUUUCAGUGUUAUUGUUUUUAUUUGUAACCUAUAUUUUUCAUUUUAUACAUUUAAAAAUAUUAUUCUAAGAAAAUAUCUAGGCUUCACUAGACUGCCAAAGGGGUUUGUGAUAAAAAGAUUAAGAGUCCUUAAUAAUAUAUAUAUGGUUUCCUUCAGGAGGCACUAAAAAUUGAGAGAAAUAAGAUAGUCAGAAAUAGUUUUUACACCUAUUAAAAGGCAAAGUCCUGCUCUUUGUUAUUUCAUAUUUAUUUUUUAUUUAUGUUUAUUUUAUUUUCUGGGGGACUAACAGCUAGAUGUUGUGAUUAGUUUUGCUUGGUCUUUCCAUACUGAUCCCCUGAGGAGUUAACAGAAUCAGCUACUUGCUCUCUUUGUAUGCACCUAUAGGAAAAAUUUGUUCUUUGAAAUUUUGAUUGAAUGACAGUUUGCUGUUCAAUUUUCAUUUUGCUGUGAUGCUUAUCUUCAGAUCCUCAUCCGUGUACAAAGACAGGAAAGAGCCUUCUCAGAGGAAUAAGAAUCCUGACAGCAGCUCGGGGAUUUGUCUUUUCCACCUGCCAUCAACCUUUCUUCAUCUGAGAUACUUCAGCAGCAGAAGGCUCCGUACCACCUUAAUGGUCUUCAACAUGGAGUUGGUGACCUUUGAAGAUGUGGCUGUGUAUUUCACACGGAAGGAGUGGGGAUGGCUCGAUCCUGCUCAGAGGGAUCUUUACAGAGAUGUGAUGCUAGAGAACUAUGGGAACUUUGUGUCAAUGGGGCUUCCAUUCUCCAAACCUGAUGUUAUUUCCCACCUAGAGCAAGGAGAAGAGUCAUGGAUUGAGGAUAUGCAAGAGGCUGAAGAAGGAAAACUUUCUCCAGUUGUUUGCAGUGGUUUUAAGAACAAAUCUGAGAACGAAAAUUUUACUCUGAGGGAAGAAAUCCCUAAAACAUUUGAACUAUAUGGAAAUAUAAUAGAAAGAUCCACAAGGGACAUAUUCCAAAACACAGAAUUUGGAUUAUCAUUUGGACAGGAAAACAGUUUAGAAGGACAGACAAAACAAUUCUUAGCGGAGAGAUGGAGUAAAUCAGCUUUGCAAUCAAGAGAUUCUCAGCAACUGACAAUUUUCCACAACCAAAUCUCUAAAGAUGAAAGCCAAGAGUAUAACGAAUUUGGUAAAACCUUCAGUUGGGGCUCAAAGCUCAUAACUCAUCAAAGAAUUCCUAAAAGAGGAAGAGGCCGAAAUCUUUCUCAGCAUUUAGCCCUUAUUCAACACCAGGGAAUUCACAACGGAGAGAAACGUUAUGGGUGUCGUGAUUGUGGCAAGACCUUCAGUCAGAAAUCAGGAUUCACAAGACAUCUGAGAAUUCACACUGGAGAGAAGCCCUAUGAAUGCAAUGAAUGUGGAAAAAGUUUUAGUCGUAGCUCAAAUCUCACAGAACAUAAAAGAAUUCAUACUGGAGAAAAGCCCUACAAAUGUAACAAAUGUGAUAAAGUCUUCAGGCUAAAAUCAAAUCUUAAUUGUCAUGAGAGAGUUCAUACUGGGGAGAGACCUUAUGAAUGCAAUAUCUGUGGGAAAAACUUUCCUCAGUUGUCCAGUGUUAUGAAGCAUCAGAAAAUUCAUACUGGAGAUGGCACUUGUAAAUGCAUUGAAUGUGGGAGAAUCUUAAGCAGCCAGCUCCGCCUUAUUGAACACUGCAGAAUUCAUACUGGAGAGAAACCUUUUCAGUGCAGUGAAUGUGGGAAAGGCUUAAGCAGUAGAUCAAGCCUUCUUCAGCAUUACAGGAUUCAUUCAGGUAAAAAACCUUUUAAAUGCAAUGAGUGUGGAAAAUCCUACCGUAAAUUCUUAGGAUUAAUUGAUCAUCAAAGAUACCAUACUGGAGAGAAACCUUAUAUUUGCAAGGAAUGUAAAAAAGCCUUCAGUCGCCAUUCAGUCCUUAUUCGACAUCAACGGUCUCAUACAGGAGUGAAACCAUUUAAAUGUGAUGAAUGUGGAAAUACUUUCACUCGAAGAUCUGUCCUUAAUGAACAUCUAAGAAUACAUUCUGGAGUAAAGCCAUAUGAAUGUAAUGAGUGUGGGAAAACCUUUACUCGAAAUUCCACUCUUAAUGAACAUCAGAGAAUUCACACUGGAGAGAAACCUUAUGAAUGUAAUGCAUGUGGGAAAACCUUCAGAUGUGGUUCAUAUCUUACUAUACAUCAGAGAAUCCAUACUGAGGAGAAUCCAUAUGCAUGUAAUGUAUGUGGGAAAAGCUUUAGUCUGAGCUCCACACUUAUUCGACAUCAGAGAAUUCAUACUAGGGAGCAGCCUACUAGGCUGUAAGCUCCUUGUAGCAAGUGAACCCAAUCUUAAACUUUUCAUUUUUCCCUACCUCUGCACACAAUAGUUGCUUAGUUAAUGGUUGAAUUGAAUUAAAUGUUAUGAACAUGGAAAUGCCUUCAGAGUUCUGAUCUUAUCGGAUAAUAGAGAAUUCAUACUGGAGAGAAGCCAUGUGAAUAUAACAUAUAAAGAAAAAGCCAUUAUUUACUAGUCAUUUCUCAUUCAAGACCUGAGAAUUUAUACUUCAGUUAGCUUAUAAAUGAAAUAAUCAUUGGGAAUGGACAGAUUUAUAGAUGGGAUAAUCUUGAGGGUAAUGGCUAAAUUUUUUAAAAUUCAGAAUGUAUAGCAUUCAGCCUGGUGCCAUUCUUGGAGAUAUAUUUAAUACAUACCUGUUCAUUAAAUAACCAGACUGAUGAUUGUACAUUCCUUAGUAGAAUUCUCUUUUUAAUUAUUAUGUAAGAAUCCCAUCUUGGAGAAUAUUAGGAGUUAGAACUGGAAGUUGUCAUGGGAAUAUAAAUAACUCAGUAACUUGUUUUACAGUACUUGUAGCAGAAACAUGACCCAGCCCUGAUACUUAAGAAAUACCAACAUUUGAAGAGUGGUAAGAAAUACAAUAGGUACUGAGCUAGUUGGAAGAAAGUCAUUGCAUCACAGAAAUGUAAAACUAAAUGGGUUUUAGAGAUCUUUCUCCAGUUUCAGUUAUGCAUGUCCAUGCAUACUGACUAUCUCUACCUAGCUGUCCUGCCAGCAUCAAAACUGAGUUCACACUUUUCCUCCUAAAUCUGUUCCUCCUCUAAACUGCCCUUUUACAUCUUGAGGUAUCACUAUCCUCUGAUCAUCAUUCCUUUUUUACUUAACCCUCCUGUGUUCAGUCAGUUUUUAUGUCCUGCUGUUUCUUUUUUCCCAUGUCUUUCUAAUCCAGUCCCUUCUUUUCACUCACAUAGAUACUUGCUUAACUACUCAGUACUCUUCUAAUUGGUCUUCCUAUUUUUAGUCUCUUGUCUCUCUAUCUUUUAAACAGCUUCCAGAACACUCUUCCUAAAGUAUAACUGUGACCAUUCACUUCUGCUCAAAACAGCUAAGCAGCAUCACAGGAGAUUGUAAUGUCCUUGAGGGCAAGGAUUUUUUGUUUGUUUUUGUCUUUUUAUCUUCAGACCCUAACACAGUUCGGUACCUUGAAAAUAAAGGCAUUUAAGAAGUAUUUUAAAUUAAAUCUGUUGAGUUUCUAAAUUGAAAGAAACUGAAACAUAAAUGGGGAAGCAAUGGAGCUAAGGAAGCCUAGAACUUAAUUUUCCUGACUUUCAGGUCAGUAUUCUUAACUGUUUGCUACCUCUAAUAAAAUAUUACUGUAAUUCAGCAGUCAUAUGAAUAGAAAUUUUCCCCUGGUAAAUUUAGUGGCCAAAAAAAAAAAAAAAAAAGGCUCUCAAUUGUCUGGAGAGGAAGGAUAUAGAUUGGCACCCAGAAGUGCUGAGUGAUUCUGCUAAUCUGUGUCUUUAAAAAUCUAGAAUCAACCAGAUUGGGAGUAGCUUAGAAGAGCUGAAAAGAAAAUAAGAAUAGCCACAAUAAAAUCACUAGAUUUGAGAUUUGAGUAGCUUUUGAGGAUCUUAAGUAACUUAAUUGUUUCCCAGAGAUUGGGAUGUUUAAUCAUGUGCCAUAGCAGUAAGGUCAUGAGCUGUAAGGAUUCAAAAGAUAUAAUUUUGUUGAGCUGGGAAAGCAUAGAUAACUUUAGAGGAUUAAUACUAACUUCACUGCAUUUUUGCUCUCUGUGUAUAUAGAACCAUAUUAGAGUGCCUAAAAGAUAGCAUCCUUGAGCCUUUUGAAUUUGGGCAACAUAAAGAGGGAGGUAUUAUCCAGCAACAAUACUUUUUGCUGUUACAAAGGAUCCUGGGGAAGAGCUUCUGGGAGAAACUAGUAAUUUAAGAUUUGGGGGUGAUAUAGAGGAAAGUGAUCUGGAUUCAUUACCUCCUCAGUAAAAUUAGGGAAUUGGAUUGUUCCGAUAGUUCUCAGCCAAAGGUCCUGGGUCCCUGGGUGCUACAAAAUUAUUGUAUCAAAGGUUCCUGAAUCUGUAUGAACAGAUUGUUGUUGUUUUGAUCUUUAACUCCAAAGAAAUAUGUUAGUAUGAAUAAUGGUGUUUUUGUUGACCAGUUUUAUAUUAUUGGUGUUUCAAUUGUGCCUCAUAAGAAAAUGUUUUUCCUGACCUGCCUAAUAAGAAAAAUUUUUUCCUGACCUUUCAGAAUGAAAUAUGACCUUUACUUUUGCUGAAACCUGUCCCCUCCUAGAGUGGGUCUUUUGAGUUGUCUACUGUCUGAUUUCACGAGGUAUCAAAUUUGCUUUUUCACUGAUAGUACUGUUUUGGUUUUGAAUGAUUAUAUUCUCUUUCAACCUAAUCCAAUUUAUAUGUAUUUUUUAAACAAUCAAAGAUUCUAAGACUACAUUGUUAUAUUUUAGAGUAGUUUAUGAAUUUUUGUGAUUUCAAUAGUUAUUUGGGCUUGGGAACUGUCCUAGAAGAGAUCAAUUCUGGAUGCUUAAUUUACCAAGGAUAAGCUUUUUCCCUAUCAGUUCAUAAUAUGUAUUUUAGUGAGAAUGCUGAAAAGAAAAAUCAAAACAUUCAGAACCAGAUGGAUUUCAGUGCCCUUCAAGGAGCCUUCAUAUAGAAGCAUGGUGAGCACUAGCAAGAGGGCUUUCAGUUGGCUUGUUGAUUGAAUUAUUUGUGAGUCAUUGUGUUUAUGGCCGUGAACAGUUGCUGUAUUUUCAUUUUCAGUGGAGGCUACUGUUUUUACAACAGAUUUUUGAAGUGAUGUCAGUGUAAGUGAAGUAGAAUUAUAAUAAAUAAGCAAACAUACGUUCUGUAGGCUGAAUAAAUAUCUCACAAUAUGUAUUACCUUUUUAAAAAUGUGUGUAGAUUCUAUCAUGAUUAAUAAAAAUUCAAGAUUAUUUAAAAACA